UGAUAGUUUGUAGGUCUCUUUCAUCAAUAGUUCGACGGAUAUUUUCCAUAAGAACAUCAAUUGUUUGAGGAUCGUUAGUGUACCAGCGGUAAGUUUUUUGAUGAACAGACCUAACACCAAUUUGGAUGUAAGUAACUUAUAUUGAGCAUCGUAAUGCAACGGAAAAAUAUUUUUAUAAAAAAUCUAAAACUACUACGGUUAUCCAAAAUGUUGUUAUUUUUCGCGCGCCACUGGCCCAGCUAAGAGAUCUAGCUACAUUUUAGUUAGCCAUAGGCACUAUUUAUGAAAAGCAUAGCCUCAAGAAUCCCCCUGUAUACGAAAAAGUAAUAGAGACAUUAUGAACGAAGUC